UACAACUGUCAUGUCAGUCCACUUUUUCCUAUUUACGUUAUAUGUUUAGCAGCUCUCUUCGUGUUACGAACGAAAAAAAAUCAAGAAAAAUGUACACAUAAUUACUUUUUCUGUCGAAAAGAACCCCGUUCACGCAGCCUAGGCGACAAUUGUUUCCAUAUCCCGAGUGAUCUGUGAUCGGUCGGAAGCGAUCCUUCAAGAGGACUUCGAGAAAAUCGAAACAAGCUGGUGAGCACCUCAGAGAUAGACAAGCUGAGUUGUCUUGUAUUUUUUCCCUGAAAUGGACCAGGAAAAACUUUUCACUAGCGUGGAGGAGGAAUGUUUAUAUUGGAAAGAGCGAUGUUUGAAGCUCUCCCAGGAGAGGAAUGACGUUCAAAGGGAAUUCGAUGACUUCACCGAAGAAUCGCGACAGCUGGAGGCGGAACUGGAGAUGACAAUUGAACAGCAGGAGAAGAAAAUCCGCGAUUUGAAUCAGCUCGUAAGUACACUGCGAGUGGAGUGUGAGUCAUUUAAGCGUAAAGUAGUGAACAGUGAAAAUGAAUCGAACAAGAUUGACGCCGACUACAAACACCUGACGAAGGAGAAUGAGAAGUUCAAGGUUUACAUCCGUGAGCUGGAGCAGAAAAACGACGAUUUGGAACGGGCAAAUCGGGUGGCAAGUGAGAGUGUGGCCGAGUUCGAAUCCAUGUUGAACCAGGCUUAUGAGAAAAAUGCUCUGCUGGAACUAGAGGUAGACGAAAAAGAACGAAUGCAGAUCAAGCUGCAACGACUUAUGGACGAGGCAAGGGAUUUGAAACAGGAGUUGAAGGUAAGGAAUAUUCCUAAAGGCGAAGAGGAUGGUGUGGAGCACGAAACAGAAGACACUGUAAUGGAAGACAAGACUCAAGAUCUCGCUAAUGAAUCCAGAUCUGCAACACCCGGCUCAAAUGCCAUUGCAAACAUAUGUCUCAGUGCCACAAAGCUGGAGAAUAUCAACAAUAACAUCAAUAAUAAGAAGACAGACACUACAAUAGCGGCUAUUACGAAAUCAGUGAUCAAACUUGACUUGGAAUCUACAAUUGGAUCCAUAGAAACUGUAAUGCCUCAAGCAGACGAAAAUGCUCUCCAACAAAAGUUGAUAAUGGAACGGAACGGAAAUAUCAAUACUUCUCUGGCUCUCAUUCCCAGCCCUUUAAAUGCUCCAAUGGCCCCGAGCGAUAGAGUAUCUACUCUCAGCAUCGUCGCAGACCUACUCCGGCGCCUGGACAACAUGGAGGCGAAACUGAAAGCCUGGAAGAUACGCAAACCGUCUUCUCGAGCAAACCUUGCGAGCAGCGGAAGCCACAGGAAUAGUCACAGUCACCUGAACCAUCAGUUCCAAAACCACCAUUCCCAGCAUCAUCUUUCCUCUGUGAGUGGUUUGGUCGGAGCUGAAGCACCUGCCGAUAGCAAUAUGUCGCUCAAUUCCAUUGGCAGUGGAGACAGUUGUUGUAACGUCCAGUUGCACUCUUACCAACCUGGCCUCUCCACGAUUGGGACGCAAACUUCUCAGCAGCAGAUACAGGCUAAAGCGGAGCUGCGAACAAGCAAAUAAGUUAAAAUCUCUCAAUCCUUUACUCAUAUGCGUAUAAUUUGUAUUUUUAAUUAAAUUAUUUAAUUUAAUGAUUAGUUUUUAAAAGUAAGUUUCCAUAAUGUGUGCUUGUACAUAUGUGUAGGGGAACGUGGGGCAAAGUUGAAGAAACAAAAUAAAGGAUAAAAUUUAUUUAGGGAAAAUAGUUUGAAGCGUUGAUCGAAUUCAAAGCAUCUAUUUAGAUUGGUCGUUCUGAUACUUGAAACAGUGCCCUUAAUUCACAUUCGCUAAAUCAAAAGCUCUAUUUUAAGACAACACCGCCGCCUUCAUCUAUAUUUUUCGAGAAACUUUAAUUAAUAAUAAAUUGUAAUUGUAAUCAUUGGUAAAGUUAUUGAACCAUGUAAUGUUUAUAAUUCACACCUAUCUGAAUGUAUACUUAAAACACAUUCAUAAACUGGCUCCCCCAAUAAAUAAACGAACUGUAACAUGAACUGAACGGGCACCCGCCGCUGUUAAUUAAUAUCAAAAUAAUAGCACUCUAGAAAUUUCGCUUCAUAUCCUAUCCCUCCAAAGAGAGCUAUUUCAACAGACAUUGAACUGAUAUAUCGAGGAAAUGAAAUGGAUAAGGCAAUAAGAAGUCAUAAUAAAUGCGUAGUAUACAUUCUUCAGCAAUGUAUAAUAGAGGACGUAUGUCAAAAAUGAAUAUCUGGGCAACAAUUAUAAAUUAACAGACCGAAAACUAUGACAGUGUAUUCUUACUGAAUAACAAAAAAGAAAUAAAUUAUAUAUUGGCAUCAAACUUA